AACGUAAGUAGUUACCGUUUUGGCCGGCGUAAUGCCAACAGCGGAGUCAAAAAUAAUAGUGGUGUUGCAUAACAAUAGUACAACAUGAGUGCAAUAAAGAAGUAUUUUAAAGAAGAAACACAAUGGGCUAUGUUCGGACUGGAGUACCCAAAACCAACGGACUUUUAUCUAAGUGUGUGGCAAGGAACGCGCUCCUCAGUGCCUUUACUCAUUUUGCGGACUUUACUCUUUUUAACCGCUGUGGCUAUAGUGCUGACAUCUAUGAUCUUGUACUAUUUAAACAACUACUUACAAUUUUGGUUUAUAUAUUUGACGCAUUGGGGUCUCAUGACGAUUGUCCUCGCGACAGGAUUUUCUGUAGCUGUUUCAGCGCGCGUUUACUUCUAUGGACCUAUAAGCGCUGAGUUCUGCUUGCCGUGGUACGUGAAGAGCUACUGGGUGCUGUACAACAUCGCCAACCCGAUCGCUUACCUCAUCACCAUCUUCUACUGGACCGUGCUUUACGAGGCUGGAGUGGAAGAGGAGUUCAACCCGACGCUAGACGUAGCGGUGCACGGCCUGAACACAGCCAUCAUGCUGCUGCUGCUGCUGUCCUGCUCGCACCAGACGCGCCUCCUGCACAUCCACCACCCUCUGCUACUGGGGUUAGGCUGGAUUAUCUUCAGCGUCAUAUACUACUUCGCUGGAGGAACUGACACGAAAGGCAAUCGUUACGUGUACCCGGUGAUCAACUGGUCGAACCCUGGGCCGACAAUGCUGGUCGUCAUACUGACAGCCUUAGGCCUGCUGGUACUGCAUGCAGUCACUAUCGGGCUGUCACUGACGCGAGACGCCCUCGCGCCCUACUGCAAACCUUCCGUCAUCAGCCACGUUGAAGAGGGAACCCCACUUCGACAAACACAAACACAAACCACAUACUCCCAACGGUGAAGGUACCGAGAGAAAAAGAGAAAGAAUAUAAAUACUUAAUUAAAUUAGAUAUAUUUAGUAUAAGAAAUGUUGUUUUUAUGAGUGACAAAUAUACGAAA